AAGUUUAUUAAGAAAUGCUAAGAAUUUCACCAAGUGGUCUUUAAAAAGGGGUUUUACAAAUAAAGGUCAUUCAAAAGUUCAAAACUCAAAACAAGCUUCACAAACAGAGGGUUUUUUGGUUAAACCAAAUCACCGUGAGGAUAUGUCAAGCCCCAAUUCUAAGUACAUUAAAAGUAUUAAGAGUCAUUUUCAAAGGGGGCACAAGGAGCAGCCGUCGCGGAAAAAUUCUUACUCUUUUAAGAAAAGAAAAGUGAAAGGGGCUUAUGAAAGAGGGUCAUCUCACUCUCCUUAUUUUCGGCAUUGGCCCUUAGAAGAAUAUAAAGGGCGUAACCAUUGCUUUAUCGAACAAAUUUUUGAUGACAACGCUAAGAUGCACAAGGGUUAUAUCCCUGGGAACCCUCUCAAUUGUAGCCUGGCUAAUAUGGAUAAAGGAUGCGUUUGCAACUGGAAACGUUUUGAGUUUACCCCCAGUUUUGAACUUUACAAAGAGCACUUCACACAGAACCUCCCCACCCACGACCUAGAGUUGGCGUUACUAAGAGACAAUUAUGGCUCUUAUAUGUAUGACCAAACUAAUCAUGAGAUGAAACAUUUAUCAUUUUAUGGUAGCGAUGAAUACUUUUGUAACUUUGGAUCACCAGCAGCCUACCGUAAACACUAUGCACCUCAAGACACCGACCAAGGCCGCGUGCUUCUAUCGCCAAGCAAGCAUGAUGCCACGAAUAAACCUAUGUGCGUUACAUCAAAUUUAGAGACUCCAGCGCCCGUUCAGGCUGACUCAUCUCACCACUAUUUUUAUCGGCCUGAGUCUCAGUUAAGCCUUCUUCCAUCCUCCCUAGAAAGCUUUUUCAUUUACCAAAACGAAAAAAGCUGAAUUAACUCCUCUUAGACAGCCGCAAAAAAAUUUAGUAGUUCUAAUAUGUGCAAACGUUACCAGAAGCCUAAGGCGUAACCUGUUUUUCUAGGAUAAACUGAACAACUCUCCUGUUAAUACGGUGAUAUUUUGAAUAAUACUUUAAACUUGUUUUAGAAAGAAAAUGCCAUUAAUUAUUCAUAUGUAGAUUCUUGAUAGAUUUAUGUGGCAAGUGGUCUUAAAAACACAUUAAUUAUAUCGC